AUGGGCUGCAUACAGAGCAUCACCUGUAAGUCGCGCAUCAAACGUGAAAACAUAGUGGUCUACGACGUUUCCGCCACUAUCGACCACUGCCCAACAAUCAUUGAGGAGAACUCGCCUAUAGUGUUGCGCUACAAGACGCCCUAUUUCAAGGCCUCUGCGCGGAUAGUUAUGCCCCCUAUUCCCCGUAAUGAGACUUGGGUGGUGGGUUGGAUCCAGGCAUGCACACAGAUGGAAUUCUACAACACCUACAACGACAUCGGCAUGUCUAGCUGGGAGCUACCAGAGCUGUGUGAGGGUCUUGUGAGGGCCAUCAGUGACUCAGAUGGGGUGAGCUACCCCUGGUACGGCAACACCACCGAGACGGUCACCCUGGCGGGGCCCACCUCCAAGCCCUCUCGCUUUACCGUCAGCAUGAACGAUAACUUCUACCCCAGUGUGACCUGGGCAGUGCCCAUCAGCGACAGCAACCUUCCCCUGCUCACUCGCAUCAAAAGGGACCAGAGCUUCACCACAUGGCUGGUGGCCCUCAACACGGCCACGCGGGAGAAGAUCCUGCUGCAGACGGUCAAGUGGCGCAUGCGGGUGGACAUCCUGGUGGACCCCUCCAUGCCCCUGGGCUCCAGAGCCACCCUGAUGGGCCGGACGCACCAGGACCAGCCUCGCGUCCUAACCCGCAUGGAACCUAUCCCCCCCAACGCCCUGGGGAGGCCCAACGCCAACGACGCCCAGGUGCUGAUGUGGAGGCCCAGGAAGGGCCCGCCUCUGGUGGUCAUCCCUCCUAAGUAG